AUGGCAAGCCUGGGCUUGGUGAGAAUCAUUCACCUCAUGAUUUAUACGUUUAAAAAUGUGGUUAUGAUUUCUUCCGAGUUGUACAAUUUGGUAAAGGUCUAUGCUGACUAUAUUGUGACCAUGCUGGUAUUUGCAGAGCUCUGCAGCCUGUGGUGGGGCACUGUGCUCUGUGUCUUCUACUGCGUGAAGAUCAACAACUACAGCAGCAGAUUAUUCAUAAAAGUCAAGAUGAGGAUCUCCGGGAUGGUCCCCUGGCUCCUUUUGGGGUCAUUGAUGGCGUCUUGUCUUUCUAGUCUUCCAUAUGAAUGGUUUGUAUAUUCACUCGUCAAGGAGAAUUCCACCCAAAUUCGCAAUAGAACAAUCACUGAAGAUGUAGCUCUGCACUCCAACACUGUCAGCUUCUUCAUUAUCUACAUUGUUGGAUCCUUUGUCCCAUUUCUCAUCUUUUGCGUAGCCACCUUCUUUCUGGUGGUACCACUCUUCAAGCACACCCGGAAUAUGAGCCAUAAUAACACUGGCUUUACACAAGGUCAACUUGAUGUUCUUUUAAGCGCUAUCAGGAAUAUGUUAUCGUUUUUAAUCUUUUACAUCCUCUAUUUUAUAACUGGAAUUUUGUUUCCCGUAAGUGUGCAGCUACAAGAUCUUAUUUUUGGUCUAGUUUGCUGUAUUUUCCAGGUUGCUUACCCAAGCCUGCACUCCGUUGUGUUGAUCAUCAGCAACGUCAAACUGAAACAAUCCGUUAUUGAUGUUCUCCACUGCUUAAAGUAA